ACGAGUAACGUGUAUAUUCUUCUUUCAGCUAAACUGCUUUUCGAAGCUGCUGCUCUCUCUUGGCCACUCCCUUCCAGCGCCAAUCUCUCUCUCUCUCUCUAGGGUUUCAGUUUAUGUUCAAGUUUCAGAGCUUUCAAACCAAUGGACUUCAUGUGUACAAAUUAUGCAAACACGGUUCCUUGCUCUACUAAUCACAAAUAUGCGCCAUCACAAACGCCAAUUUCUUUCCGUGCCACGGUACUCAAAAGGAACAAGAAAUCAUCGCCGAUACGAGUCUCGAAUUUCGCGGCGGCGUCGGGAGCCGAGAGUUCUGUCAAUGGGGCCAUAGCGAGGAGGAGUCUAUCGGCUAGAAGCGAGACCGAGAGCAGGGCUUUGCAAUCGGGCAAGUCCAGUAGUGCCAUGGAGCAGCUCGACAUUGAGCGCGGCGUUUGCAUACCAUUUCGCAAGUACUCUCCCGAGACAGUGAGAAAUAAGGUAUUGGAAUCAAGAGGGGCAAUUCUGUCACUAAUUUUGCGAGGCGUGGAGAUAGUUUGGAAUUUGGGAUUUUACUGGUCUUCCUUGAUGUAUGAUUUUUUGGUUGGAAGAGAUGAAGAAGUUGUUCCUUUUCGUGCUCGGCAGCUUAGGAAUCUCCUGUGUGAUUUGGGACCUUCUUUUAUCAAAGCUGGCCAGGUUCUUGCAAAUAGACCUGAUAUCAUCAGAGAAGAUUAUAUGAAUGAGCUUUGCAUUCUUCAAGAUGAUGUUCCUCCCUUCCCCAAUCAGGUUGCUUUCAACAUCAUAGAAGAGGAAUUGGGCCAACCACUUGAAGCUGUUUUCAGUAAAAUUUCAUCACAGACAAUAGCAGCUGCAAGUUUGGGUCAAGUUUAUCGAGCUACCUUACGUGACUCCAAAGAGGAUGUUGCUAUUAAGGUUCAAAGGCCCCAGAUAGAGCCCAUAAUUUAUCGGGAUCUUUUUCUAUUUCGUACUCUUGCUUCAUUUUUGAAUGGGAUCAGUCUACAGAAACUGGGGUGCAAUGCGGAGCUGAUAGUUGAUGAAUUUGGUGAGAAGCUUUUGGAGGAGCUGGAUUACACCUUGGAAGCCCGUAAUAUCGAAGAUUUCAUUGAGAAUUUCAAAAAUGACCCAACUGUCAAAAUUCCUCGGGUUUACAAGCAGCUUUGUGGGCCUCGUGUUCUGGUAAUGGAAUGGAUUGAUGGAAUCCGGUGCACUAAUCCACAGGCUAUCAAGGAAGGUGGCAUUGAUGUAAAUGGAUUUUUAACGGUUGGAGUUAGUGCUGCUUUGCGGCAAUUGCUAGAAUUUGGGUUAUUUCAUGGAGAUCCACAUCCUGGAAAUAUUUUUGCCAUGCGUGAUGGACGUAUUGCUUAUGUGGACUUUGGGAAUGUUGCUGUUCUUAGUCAGCAAAAUAAACAGAUCUUGAUUGAUGCUGUCGUCCAUGCUGUAAAUGAGGACUAUGCUGAGAUGGCAUAUGAUUUCACCAGGCUUGGCUUCCUGGCUCCUGGGACCGAUGUCUCUCCUAUAAUCCCAGCCCUAGAGGCAAUUUGGCAGAACUCUUCUGGAAAAGGACUCUCUGAUUUCAAUUUUCGAAGUGUUACUGGGAAAUUUAAUCAAUUGGUUUACAAUUAUCCCAUCCGGAUCCCAGAGAGAUUUUCUCUUGUUAUCCGUUCUUUAUUGACUCAAGAGGGAAUCUGUUUCACUCUACAGCCAGACUUCAAAUUUCUGGAGGUUGCCUAUCCAUAUGUGGCAAAGCGCCUCCUAACAGAUCCAAAUCCUGCUCUACGUGAACGUCUCAUACAGGUUCUAUUUAAAGAUGGUGUUUUCCAGUGGAAACGGCUUGAAAACCUUAUUGUUCUUGCUAAGGAAAAUGUUGCCAAGAUGAGCAGCAACCCUGCAUUUCAAGUAAAGGACAGGCAAAGUACAAGAAACUGGCAAGUCGAAAGAAAACUAGACCUCACGGAUACCAUCAAAGACGGAGCUCGCCUUUUCUUUGUUGAUGAAGGAAUCCGUAGACAACUUCUUCUUGCUUUGACCGAGGACUCAAAGCUUCACAUCCAGGAGCUUGUGGAUGUUUAUAGGCUGGUUGAAAGCGAUAUAGACAUUCCGUCAGUAGCGGUGGAAGUGGUACGAGACUUUCCAACGGUUGUCCGGGAUCUCAUACUUUCCUGGAGUGAGUCAGUAUUGGCUGGAUAGAUAAUCAAAGCUUUUUUUACUAGAGCUAGAGCUGCUGCAUUACGGAACGGCUUCAUUUGGAAGAGCAUAAUCUCAUGUCAACUUCACCUCACUCAUUUAUUUAGGAUGAGCAUGUUGUUUCAAGUUACAAAGGCCAAUCAAAUGUUGUAAUAUGAAAA